AUGGAUCAAGAAACCCAAUAUAAAUUAUCUCAAAAUUUGCAAAAAGUACUAUUAUUAUCUGCACCAACUACUGUGAAUGCAUUGGUGGAGAACGAAAAGAAGAUCAAAAAUAAAGAUUCACAUAAUAUCUCAGAGAAGGCUGAAUAUCUUGGCGAUGAAAUUUUUGAUUUAGAUUCUCAAUUAUUUGAUAAAUGGGUACCCUUUUUAAGAACAGCUAUAGAAAAUGAACAAUUACCGACUUUAAUUGAUGAUCUAUAUACUUCUAUUGAUGAGAAUUUCCAAGGAUUAGAAACACAAAUCAUUCAAGAAUCUCAUAUUAAUGAUAAACUAAAAUCUUCUAUUAGAGAAAUUUCAAACGUUCAAGAUAUGAUCACAAAUACUCUAACUUCAGAGAUCACAGGAAUUCAAUCCCAAUUAUCAAAAUCUACGACAGAAACAAUCAUAAAAAAACAAAUUUUUGUUAAUAAUAAGAAAAGUUCAUUGAAGAUUUCAGAAGCUUCUAUUCUUAUUAAUAAGAUUCUAAAAAUCUUAGAAUUGUCCAAUAAAUGCCAAGAAUUGAUAGAAGAUGGGAAAUUUUUUAAAGCAUUACAAAAUUUAGAUAAUUUAGAAAAAAUUUAUUUACAAGAAUUUAGAAGCUAUGAUUUCGACAUUUUAAAACAAAUUUAUGAUACAAUUCCAUUUUUAAAAUUAACUAUUAGAAAUGAAUGUAUCAAUAUAAUUAGAAAUUCAUUCAAUUCAAAUUUAGGAAAAAAUUUACCGGAAGUUGGUAAAACAAUCUUUAAUAUUUAUGAUAAAGAAUUAUUUAACGAAUGGAAAUCGACAAAAGAAUCUAUGAAAUUACAUAAUUUUAUGUUUAAUUCACCAGUAGAAAUUUCUUUAAGAAAUCAGGAUACAUUAUCAAAAUUGCAAUUGGAUAAAUUUUUUAAUUUAGAUGAAUUUCAUGAUUCGAUUUUAAUUUUUGAAAGCUUGAAUGGAAUGGAUACUCUUUUGAAUGAAUUUUCAAAUGAAUAUAAAUUUAGAAAAGAUAAAAUUAUUCAUCCGUUGAUUUGGAAAAAAUCACAGUCAUCAUCACAAAAUAUUAAUCCAGGCGAUAUACUAAAUGAUUCGUUUACACAGAAAUUAAACAUGGAAUUCCUAAAAGAUUAUCUUUGGAAGAUCCUAGGUUUCUUAUUAUAUGAUAUCAAUUUAAAUCAAUCAACAAAUUUUUCAUUGGUUAACAAUAAUUAUUCUACCACAAAUGAUUUCUGGCUAGGGAUAGUGAGCAGAUUACAACCGUAUUUGAAGCAUUUAUGUUAUAAUAUUAUAAAGAAAGAAUCAGAAAUAGAGGAAUUUAAGGAUUUUUUUUCAAUGUAUAUUGCCAUUUUAGAAAACUUUAAAUUAUCAACAGAUUUAUUAUAUUCAUUAUUAUUAAAAAUAUUCGAAAAUUAUUGUGUAUUAACUAUAAAAUCAUUUGGAAAAGAAUUUAUAAAUCUACUGAAAGAUGAUGAUUUUAUGCCUCUUACAAUCAAUGAUAAAAAAUUAUAUCAAAAAAUUAAAAGAAUCUGUUGGAUGAAAGAAGAAGAUGAACAAUUAAAUGGGAAUCAAGAAGAUGGUCAGUUGAUGAUCAAUUUCCCGUUUUCACCAUUAUAUCCAAUGACUUGUACAUUAUUGAGAAAAACAUAUACUAAAUUGAUAUCUUUUGUCGAUAAUGCAUAUCGUCAUGAAUUACAUAAAGUUAAUAAUAUAUUGGUAAAGACCAUUGAUUCUAUUUUAAAUGAUACAGUUAAUAAACAAAUCAGAUCAAAAUUAGAUACUACUUCAAGAGAGGAACUUGCACAAAUUUUAAUAAAUUUAGAUUAUUUCAUAAUAGCAUCAACUGAGUUUAGCAAUAUCAUGACAAAGGAUAAUAUAAUGCAAAAUCCGGAUAUUGAAAUUAGAUUAUCCGCUAUUAAAAAUUUCACAACUUCUAGAGAAUAUGCAGAAGAUAAUUUAAUUAAAUUAAUCGACACAAAGAUUUCUGAUAUUUUAGAAACUGUUUCAUUAGAUUGGGAAACCUCUGAGAUUAGAAAUUCUCCAGAUUUUUCAAUUGUGGAUGUCGCUCAGUUUUUAGAGAUGAUGUUUGCAUCUACCUUAGUGAAUUUACCCUACAGUGUUCAAACUUUAUUAAUUUUCAGAGAAUUUGAUUCUUUAUCAAGUCAAUUUUUACAUAUGCUUCUAUAUGAAACACCCGAUCAAAUUUCUGAAGAAAGUGUUUUAAAUUUUGAAGUAGACAUUCAAUUUUUAAAGUCAAUUAUUCCUAGAGUAUUCCCAGGUGCAAAUACCGUGAAUAACACUGAAGAAGAUCAAUCACGUAUGAUUAAUAACAUUAAAUCUUUGGAAUCAACAUUUAUAGAACUAGACCAAUGUAUAUCAUUGUUAAAAUCAAGUAACCCGCUGGAUUAUAGAGAUCCACAAAUGAGAAUGAGAAAAUAUCCUCGUGUAAAACAAGAGUAUGCUAGCUCCUUAAUUAACAAAGUGAGAAGAAGUGAAAUACUACAUUCUGGCUCUAAUACUCCUUCAGAGUCAAUAAAUUCUGCAUCUAGGACGCCUGAUGAAAAUCAGAGCAUAUUUGACAUGUCCUCUAAUAAUAAAGCUAUUGCAAAUUUCUUUAACAGGAAAUAG